ACCGCAACGCGCCGUGACGCCACCACCGAUUUUCGCUUUUCCGACUACUGUUUCCGUUCCGCUUUCUGAGUUGGCGCUGGGCGAGCCUCGGUCUCGACGGACGCAGCCGUCACCGGCCAUGGCCGCCGCCGCCGCCGCCGCCUGUUCUCUUCCCCUCCUCCGCCACGCGUCAUCAUCCGCUGCGACAGUAGGGCCGCGAUGAGUCCGGCGGUUCGGGUGGGGAACCCGCGCGCGCCCGGUCCGGGUGCCGCGGUGGUGGCGGAGGACGAGGAGGAGGCGGCGGCGGCGGUCGCGUGGCGGGAGCUGCGCGGUAAGGCCGCGGAGCUGGCGGCCGCGGCCGAGGAACGGGCGAUCCUGGCCCGCCGCAUCGAGGCCGCGCUCCAGGUGAGGAGGGAGGCACUGCGCCAGGCGGAGGAACUGGACGAGCUGAGGCAGAGGGUGGACCUCCAGCAAGCGCGUUUGGAGGCGGCCGUCAUCGGCAGGAGUCGGGCGCUCGAUGGGGUGGAGCGGGGGAAGGAGCUGCUGCAGGAGCAGAUCGAGCGGGUGCUGCCGCUGUCGAGGGCCCUCACCACCGCGCACCAGCGAGUGCAGGAAGCCAAGGAGGCAUUGUCGGGAGACAAAUUCAGACUUAAGGAUCUGCAGAGGCUGCUUAGGACGAGGCAGCAGUGCAUGGUUAGCCAUGUUGCUGGUUUGUAUCCUGUGAAAGUCUUCCAUGAUCUUCCAAGGCAUGCAGAAAACCCUUGUGAUGAUACUAAUGAUGGCAGAACAAUUUCAGGGGAGCAUGGAACACUUCCAGAGGAAAAUGGAACGUUUUCAGGUGGAAACGGAACACAUUUACCCACCAUUAUCAAAUCUCCACAAGCAUGUGGCUGGACAUUCUUUGGCUGGGACAUUAUGAAGCAUAAAAUGAAGCAGAAAAGUUACAGGAACAAGGAGCUUCAGAGGUCCGCAGCUGUUCUGGGAUACGCAGCACAUGCAGUCUUGCUCAUAGCUUGCUAUCUUGAUGUUCCCCUCCGAUAUCCCUUGCGCUUUGGAGGAUCCCGAUCUUAUGUGAGUGAUCGCUUGCCUUCAGCUGAUACAGCAUCGGCUGGUUUAGCAAGUACCAGGAACACCAAAUCACAACUAACAGAGUACCCCCUUUUCCUGGAAUCCCAAGAAGACGACUCCACUAGUGCCUCCUAUGCCAUUUAUUUGUUGCACAAGGAUACGGAGCAGCUUCUGAACUAUGUUGGAGCAGAGAGCUGUGGAAGGCACGUGUUUGGUAACCUGCGAGAACUUCUUAGGAUCAUACAGUCUGAUGAGUUUGUGUACAGAUGAUGGAUCCAGUCCACGUGGUUUUGGAGUGCUUAUGGUGUAGAGGUGUUAUACAGAUGUAAGUAGGUGUUUUUCUUUUCUCUUCCUAUUCUUUGGAGUGAUUCUUGCCCUCUUUCGCUGCGCUAGGUUUUUUUUGUAUGUGCAGGAAAUAGGCAAUUAGGUUUUUCUAGAGAAAUGAAAUGUACUCACACAUAUGGUUUCUUGCAUCAUCUCAUUCAAAAAAAGAUGGUCCAAUCGAAAGCCUUACGACCACUGUGUCUGUCUCCUUGAUAAGCAACUGAUUGAAAUUUAGAUUAUCCAA